CAUCUUUGUGCUAACUUGCUAAAGCAAACAAGGGGGGUCUCCAUCAGCAGGAGGCGGAGAGGAGAGGAGCAGUGAAAACCACAAGGACCGAGCCCGUACCCUGUAGCAUCGGCGAGCUGUAACACACAGGAGGCGGUUAUUAGAAAAAAGCUGCACAAUGUCCGAUUUUGACAGCAACCCGUUCGCAGACCCGGAUUUCAGCAAUCCGUUCCAGGAUCCCUCGGUGACCCAGGUGACACGGUCUGCCCCUCCUGGUGGUCUGGAGGAAUAUAACCCCUUCACAGACGCCAGAACGGCGGCCCCUGGAAAUGCCCCCAAGUCUGCCCCUGCCCCUUCCCAGAACACACAACCUGCCAUCAUGAAGCCCACAGAAGAGCCGCCGGCGUACUCACAGCUACAGGCACAGCGGCGCAAUGAGGACCAAGCGCGCGCUCAGGCCGAGUUGUUGAGAAGGCAGGAGGAGCUGGAGAAGAAAGCGGCAGAGCUCGAUCGCCGGGAGAGAGAGCUACAGUCCCACGGAGCCGCGGGAGGGCGUAAGAACAACUGGCCUCCACUGCCAGAGAAGUUCCCCGUUGGCCCAUGUUUCUACCACGACAUUGCAGUGGACAUUCCCGUAGAGUUCCAGAAAACCGUCAAGAUUAUGUACAACAUUUGGAUGUUUCACGCAGGCACGCUCUUUGUGAACAUGUUUGGCUGUCUGGCCUGGUUCUGUGUGGAUGCAACACGUGGUGUAGAUUUUGGCCUGGCCAUGCUAUGGUUUCUGCUGUUUACCCCUUGUUCUUUCGUCUGCUGGUACAGACCGCUUUACGGGGCUUUCAGGAGCGACAGUUCCUUCCGCUUCUUUGUCUUCUUCUUUAUCUACAUCUGUCAGUUUGGAGUCCACGUCCUUCAAACCAUUGGCAUCACUGGUUGGGGAACGUGCGGUUGGAUCGCAGCUCUAACUGGUCUGAACACGAGUAUCCCAGUGGGCAUCAUCAUGUUGCUGAUCGCAGCUCUGUUCACAGCGCUGUCUGUGGGCUCGCUCAUUAUGUUCAAAAAGGUGCACGCGCUGUACCGUACCACCGGUGCUAGCUUUGAGAAGGCCCAGCAGGAGUUCGCCACCGGGGUCAUGUCUAACAAGACCGUCCAGACCGCGGCCGCCAACGCCGCAGCCAACGCUGCAACCAAUGCCGCUCGCGGGGCCUUCAAACCUCAUCCAUAAACGGAGAGACACACACGCCCACAUAUACAAGCGUACAAACACACACACACACACAGACACACUAACGAGAUGGAGGCGCACAACUCUGCCGCUGUUGGUCCCCAAAUGAAAUUGAUCAUGUGAAUGUUGCAACGCUAAGUUUUCUCUGCACACUUUGCUUAAAAGGAGUCAAGCAAAACGACAAGUCAACCGACCAGAGUUGUGCAUCUUCACCCGACGUCAUAUAUCAGUAAAAACUCAACUACAUCCACCCUGUCUGCUUUUCAGUCAGGAGACUGUCUGCUCACAUCCCUCCGAACAUCCACUAAGUGACUCGAGGCGUGUGUGUGUGUUACACACACUCCUUCGCUUUUACUCGUUCUUCUGUCCCCUUCAGGUGAUCCUAGGUCAGGCGGAGGUCGCAGUUUUUAGCAUACCUUAUUCUUUCGUCCUGGCGAUGACCUCCAAUCAGCUUCCUGUCUGAUAAAUACAGCGUAGAGUCAUGAGAAGUGAUAAUCUGAUAAUCUGUGGUUUGCACAUAGUCCUGUUUCCUCGGCCACAUACUGGAAGAACAGCGUUAGACUCGAAUGGCCGGGCCUCAGUGUGAAUGUUCGCUUCGUUUCAAGAAAAUUGUGGCUCUCUUUAUUUUUAUAAUCCAGUGCUUAGUCAUUGAGCUCCGAGAGGUAAAUUGUGUUAAUGUGAGUGUUUCUGUUGUGAGACAAAGACCAUUCUGAUUAUGGUAAAACUAAGUUCACACAUAUACGAUAAAUGUGUUCUGCCCCCAAGUGAGAGCCUUCAGUUGAACGAUUGUCCAUGUGCAAAUCUCUUGAUUUGACGGCACGAUAGCGAAGAGUGUGUUUAGCACACUCGGGGCGGCUGUUCAUUUUGGCAAAGUCUUUCUCUCCACUGUCUUUUUCUCCAGGCUACAGAGCGGGUUUUCAGUGAAUCUGCUUACAUGGUUCCCCAUUAGAGAAGUUCCAUUCAAGAUGACGGUUCAUCUCUUUCUCUCGAGGCCCGUUGCAUUUUCCUUUACAUGCGUGUGACAUUAACACACAGUGAGUGUUGGUUGUUUCCCGUAGCUCUCCACACUAAAAAAACUAACGCUGCUAAGAACCUGAGAGCCGCUCGGCCGUGGCCUCCCGCGCUCUUGUUUCCUGUUGAAAAGGACCACGCAUAGGGACAACCGACCUGCCUUUUCUCACAGAGGGUGACUUUGGACAGUGAUAAAGCUACGGUCUUUCUUGAGAUUAAACUGCACACAUGAAAUAGUAAAAACACUGAUACCGUGUAUAUGUACGCCACAUAGGCUAACAGCGUGUUUCCAUUGUUUUUUUUGUCGGUCGGUAGUGGAUUGCUGGCACCAGACGUUUUAUAGCCAAAAUGAACAUGAAUAUAACAGAGGACUGGAUGCACAUUCAGUGAUUUCACUAGGCGACAUUAAUUUAUAUACAAUGAUAACAGUGUUACUCAGCACUACGUUGUACAGACUGCUGUCACUGAAGUGAAACGUGGAUGUUUUUUUGUUUGUUUAUUUGUUUUAUGUUUUUGUGCGUUUGCACCUCUUGUAAUAGUGGUGGUGACUGAAGAUGUGCAUGACUGAUGACGGGUACUGCUGUUACUACAAAUGUAUAGACCGAAAAAAACACGAUAGUGGACGAAAUACUCCUGCGAGCGUUCAUCGUUCAAGUUCAUUGCACAUUUCUCGUCUGGACUUAGUGCAAAGAGACAAACAUGUUUUUAUUUAUGGUGUAAUUUAAGUCGUUUGCCAUUAUCAGUUUUUGUUUGGUUUGGUUUUACAUCUUUUUUUGUUGUUGUUUUGUGAUUUUUGUAAUGACAUGGUCAUAGCAUUAGCUUGAUUUUAACAAGAAGUCUUCUGGGACUUUGCGUAUUGACCCUGUAAGAGGAGCGCUUGUUGUAUGAGGAUGUGUGUUUGAUCGGUAUGAAAGAAAAUACUCUCCCGCAAGUGUUAUUCUAUGUGAAAAAGCUGUCUACCUGAAAAGCUGUGAGAAACCUACCAAAUGUCCAUAGAGAUCUGUUCUCAAAUCUUGGUCUGUGAUGUGUUCCCUUCACAUGUUUUACUUUAAGGUAUUCACACGUAUUUUUUAUUUGCUGCACAUGAAUCCCAUGUACCUAUGGUUUUAAAGAGCCAUUUGAAGCCGUGCCACAGCGAAGGGGUGGGUGGGUGGGUGGGUGGGGGGGGCGUAUUUGGUUAGCUGGUCUGCAGUACAGAAAAUGGUGUUUUAUCGACAUGUGAACGUGUUAAUUUUCACUCAAUCAGAGAAGAAACUCCUCCAAAAAAAAGGGACACUUGUACAUUUUGUAAAGUUGAAAAAUUUGAUCCCCAUAAUCAAUCACAUGUAAAAAGAAGAAGAAAAAAACAGUAAUGCACUCUUGUCUGGCCUUUGUCGCAUGUGAAAUAGUUUGAGUUUUGUAUAUUUAUGGUAUUAACAUGAAAUAAAAUUUGAAAGAAAUA